AUUUCCCGGAUUCAGCACUUGGUGCCAUCUUCUCGCCAGUCGUGGAAGCGUUUCGUUUUUGGGGACAAACAGCCACUUCGCCGAACAUUUAUCAGCGAAUUUUCGCUGCGUCUGACGGUUUUGCUUGCCGUGUUGAUCGCGCACGAGGCGACGAGUAGCGCCAAAGGUUCCCCAAGGGAAGGUACGCGCGAGAGGAGCGAGUGGCGUCGAGGGAUCGGCGAAAGCAGCGGAAGGCGUUCCCGGUUGCAACCGGGGGAAAACAUCUUGGGUCAUCGGAUGACAAGCGAGGAGGAGCAACUUCUCCGGAGAAUCACCAAAGCGGCUGGAUUGUCGUUUAGCACGAGGAUCUGCGCGUUCAGCGGCCCAAGCCGGAGCGUGCAGGGUCGUCAGCAAAGGCCAGCGAGCCUCGAGAAUUGUGGCAUGUGGAUGCAGCGAUAUUGGCUAGGUGUGCAUCAAGCUAUCGCUCGUCGACAAUCUGCAGCCGGACAAACAGGCAUCAUUGACGUGGUUCCGGACAGCCUCCAGAUGGCAGGGCACUCGGAGAGGUGCUCCGACAAAAGGUUCCCGGGAGUCGGGUCAGCAGCAUGCAGAAAGGAAACAAUGUUCUCUAACGGAAAAUCGUACACUACAGGGACAAAAAUAUUGCUACUGCUCAAUUCAGUGACCCAAAAAUCAGAUUUCAGAAAAACGGUUGGCGACACAAAUAAUACGAAAACUUAUUGUGGUCGGUUUUCGAAAUGUGACAUGAUACCACAUUUGAAAAAUAGGAAUGGCGAUUUUUUGUAUUGGUACAUUUUCAAAUAUUGUGAAUGUAAAUUUCAUUUAGAGUAGAAAUGGAACUAAGAAAUAGAUUGAAGUAUAAAGACAUUUGGAUAUAUUUUUAUUUUUAUAGGCAUUUUUAACUUCUGAAUAACGAAUAACAUAUACGCAUACAUCCUUUGACAAUAGCUUCGUACUUUAACUUUAUUUGGACAU